AGUUUCAACAUAUGUUACAUUUUAUCUUUGAUUUCCUAAUUUUUUUUCUUAAUUAUUAUCUUUGAUUUCCUAAUUUUUUUCUUAAUUAUCAUUCAUAUUUUUACAAAAUCUUCUCAAUUAAGUGCAAAUCAAGCGGAGAUUGAGGGUUGAGACUUGAGAGAGAAGAGGAAGACGUUGAAUCAGAGAUGCGAAACAGCUGUUAAAUUUACGCGGCGCCUAUUUUCCUUUACAACACUACGCGUUUCAUACAAACCACUUCCGUUUUAAAUACACACACAACACACUACCACAGCAAAUACUCUGUCAUCUCUCUCUCUCUCUAUGUAUAUAUCUGUAGCUAAACAUAUAUUUGUUGCAUAAAUAAACAUUGCUUAUCUUCUGAUUGCACUUUGCAAGCUUGCUAGUGCUGUGCUAGAAAAUGACUGAUGCACGGGUUCAUCCUGCGACCGCCGACGCGCUGUCGCCGCCGCUGUCUUCCUCAUCAGCCAAGGACUCCGGCGAAUAUCCAGUGCCGCCAAAUCCUCUUCCGGCGAAACCGGUGCCUCCGCCGGCCACCUACGUCGUCCAGAUCCCCAGAGAACAGAUCCUCCGGUAUCCGCCGCCGGAGAACGCCAGGAAGUUCCAAGCUCUCACCCGCCGCGGAAAGAGCGGGAGGAGCCGCUGCUGCUGUUGCACUCUCUCCCUACUCGCUUUCCUCGUAAUCGCCGCCGCCAUCUCCGCCGGAGUGCUCUACCUCGUCUUCCGCUUCAAAUCGCCUAAUUACGCGGUCACGAGCCUCGCCAUCAAGGGGAUGAAUCUGACGUCGGCGGCGCCGAUCUCGCCGGAAUUCGACGUUACCAUCAGGGCGGAGAACCCUAACGGCAAGAUCGGCAUCUAUUAUUUGAAAGGAAGCGCAAUUAACGUCUUCUACAACGACGUCAAGCUGAGCCACGGCGUUUUGCCGGCUUUCUACCAGCCGAAGAAGAACGUAACGGUGUUAAGGCCGGCGCUUACUGGAUCAGGGGUAAUGCUAGGGGGCGCCGUUAAGGCGUCGUUAACAAACGAGCAGAACCAAGGGAAUAUUCCGUUUGUAGUGAGAACAAAGGUGCCUGUUAAAAUUAAGGUGGGGUCCGUUAAGACUUGGAAAAUCACCGUUAAGGCGAAAUGCGACGUCGUUGUGGAUGCAUUGAACGACAAGGCUAAAAUUGUCUCAAAUGACUGUGAUUAUAGUGUGAAACUAUGGUAGCUAAACUUUUCCCUAGGGUUUUGUGAUUAUACAUUUAUACUGUCAAAUUAUAUUAGUGGAUUUAUUUUUUUGUUAGAGUACAAA